AGUUGGGCUCAGGUCUUGCGAUCUCCGUGCGCCGAUCCGCCCGCAGGCCCCCGUGUUCCAUGGCGCACCGCAGCGCCUCCGAGUGCUCGCACGACGACGGCGUUGGCCCACGCUACACCUCCGAGAACAGAGCUUUCCGCGACUUCUCGAGUGCGAGCCAGGCCUCCAUCCCUCCGUCGGUUGCCUGGGGGGUCAACCGCUCGUACAGGAGGAACUCCCAGCGUCCGUCUCAGGAUCAGAUCUCCGACCCAGGCAGCCGCAAGAGCAAGGCUCCUGUGUCGUACGUCAAGAGGAACAUGGCGGGGAUGCAGUCCAUUCUGAUCCAUCCCUUCAGCAUCCUCUUGGUUGCGUUCCCCCUGGGCAUACUCUCCGCGUGUUUGGAUUGGGGGCCGAACGCCACCUUCUGGUUGAACUUCUGCGCCCUGAUACCGCUUGCGAAAAUCCUGGGGGACGCCACCGAGGAGCUCGACGCCUGCCUGCAUAACGAGGUCGUCAGCGGCCUGCUCAAUGCGACCUUCGGAAACGCGGUAGAGGUGAUCAUGACCGUGCAGACUCUGAGAGCGGGGCUCACAUCGCUCGUCAAGGAGACGCUCCUCGGGUCGGUGCUGUCCAACAUGCUCCUGGUUCUCGGCAUGUCGUUCCUCUUCGGUGGCAUUGUGGAGAUGGGGGACGGGGUCAAGGCGAAGGUGAGCUUGACGGAGAAUGCGGCGGAGCCGCUUCUUGGCAGGGCGGAUUCAUACUUCAAGCUGGUGACGGAAAAGCAGCAGGUAUUUGUCUCCAACAGCGCAAUGGUCAGCGUGACCAUGUUGUUGGUCUCGUGUUUGUCCUUUACCCUCCCCACCAUCUUCAUAGGCCAGGCACUCACCGAGCGCGAGGAGGUCGUCCAGAUCUCCCUCGUGUCUGCUGGCGUCGUGAUGCUGUCAUACGUCGCAUACUUGUGGUUUCAGCUAUAUACCCAUAAGCGGAUGCUGCAGGCAGCGGACGGCGAUGCGGACAGCCAGGGCGAGGAGGAGAAUGAGGAAGAGGAGGACGGCUUGACUUUCGGUUUCUCCCUUGGUCUGCUGGCCGGCACCGCGGUCUUGGUAGCAGUAUCAUCUCAGCUGCUCGUCGACGUGAUAGAGCCCGUGGUCGAUCACGCUGGCAUCAGCGAGGCUUUCAUAGGCAUAAUCCUGCUGCCAAUCGUCGGCAAUGCGUGCGAGCACGCAGCCGCAGUGCGGUUCGCGGUGAAGAACAGGCCUGGGCUGUCUGUGAGCAUCGCGGUGGGCUCAUCGGUGCAGAUCGCCUUGUUCGUGGUCCCAUUAUCGGUGGUGAUGGGUUGGUUUCUGUGCCCCCCUGGCGUCGAUAUGACUCUGAAUUUCGGGAUCAUGCACGUCAGCGUGCUCAUUAUUUCGGUCCUGGUGGUUCUCUCGAUUGUUGUAGACGGGUCCGCGACGUGGCUCGAGGGCUACAUGCUCUGCUCGGCCUACGUGCUCAUUGCAGUGAUGUACUGGCAUGUCAAGGACAGCCAACUGCUCGGGACCGAGCUGUGAGUGGGACCGGCCUGGCCGUUAUACCUGCAGCGCUGCGCUCUCUGCUCGGACAAUGCCAUAUUGGGGCCAUCGCGAGACAUGUUUCGAGGGAAGAGGGCCCAGGCAAAUGGAGCAGAGGAGGACGGAGACGACGACUCCGACGGAAGAGCCCGACUCGAACGGAAAAGCCCCUCGCACACACCGACAGGGUCGGCGGGUUCGUUCAAGGUCUCCCGGCCGCAGCCACACGUAUCACUUGAGCUCCAAAAGUCGGGGCUCGUCUGCGCAGGCACAGCCAAGCAAGGAACGGUGAGUGCCGUAUCUCUCUUUGGUUGGCGCAGCUGCGCUACUCAGGCGUGUGCAAGUUGUCCUGAUCGUUCAUGAGAGGGGAGAUGGGGACCACCGAAUGCGAGCGCCCCGGCACAACGUCGUUUGUCAGCGCUGCUCAGAGUUCGCACGGCUAGGACAGUUCGGGCUUAUGAUUAUGCGGCCCGUGCCGUGUUCGGCGGGCCCAUCUGAAAUAAUUGUAUAUUCGGCACGGCACGCCCAGCGAGCGCGAUUGUCAAGCGGAUGUUGCUUUUGACAUCAGGCCGCGGCGAAAUCACAGAAAA